ACUCAGCCCGGAGUGUUGGGGGGGGGGGGGUUCUGACCUCUGCCUGGACAAAAGUAGCAAGCUGAAGCAGGUGAACAAAGUCUCAGACAAAUCCAAAGCAGUCAUGUUCUUCAGACGUGUCACCAGGAGUCCAUUUAUCUGCAGACGAGCCGGACCAAACCAACAAUAUGAAUGAAGGCAGCCCAUCUGUUAAAUCACAGGAAAUCCCUUCAGCACGUGAACAAGUCAGCAGAGGAAAUAACAUCCACACUGACCUUGUCACCACUCAGCCUCAGCUUGAUGUUGAUCCUGCCACACAGGCCUCACCAGAGGCUGCAGGACUCACCAAACCCGGCUGCUGUGCCUCGCCGCACCUCACUGUGCUAGAUCUAGCACUGCAGCCCGUCUCCUCCGGUGUGAAACAGCAGCGGCACUCCAGCAUGCCUGUGCCCAGUGGAGUGAUGGGGCGGAGUAAGAGGAGCGGCUUGGUCAGCUCCCACCGCCCUCCUGCUACAACCAGCGAUUUAUGUGUUCACCUGGUGCUGGUGUGUCUGUGGUGUCAGUGCUCCGUCCUCCUCCGAGGCCUGUUGGAGGGCUGCUCCUCCUGUUUAAAUGCCCUCUGCACCUGCUGCUGUAACUGCUGCACCCGCUGCUGUUCUGCCAUCCAGGAUGCGCAUGUGGAGCCUCUCAACUGCCACGCCCACUGUCACUCUGUCAUGUUCGAGUCCUGCUGUGAGCCUACUGAGUGUCUGGAGUUUUGUUUGGAGUGCUGCAAUAUUUGCCAUCAUAGCUAAUGAGGAGCAGAUUCAAUAAGAAGUUGGGUGG